GUGUGAGCAGACAUCUGAUUCUGAAGUGCAGAGAAGAGAAACCUGGCCGGAGAAUAUUCUACAGUUCUAAACUUCAUUCUAAAGAGUUCUUCUCACAUUUUUCUCGUGCCCUCUCAUCUGACAAGUAUUCAAGAGAGCAACACAGACAGACAAGACAAGACCACAAACAAGACAGACCACUCAAACUUUCUCCGCACAUAAUAACGAAAAGCGUGAAGAUGACAGCUACAUCCUUGACUCUUUUGCUGCUACUCCUAGGUCACGCGAUGGCUCAGAGUUCCUUCAAGAAGAACCUGGCAACACCCAAACCAGCAAAACCAGCACAAUGCUGCGAUGAGGUGCGCUCCCUGAAGGUUCAGGUGGCCAAUCUGAGCAGCAUGCUGGAAGAAAUUAGCAAGAAGCAGGAGUCUGAUCUUAUGAAGGUCGUGCGGCAGAUGAUGGAGCUGGAAAAGCUUAACCAGCAGCAAGAGGCCCGGGUCACAGAGGCCGAGAGCAAGUAUUCAGAAAUCUACAAUCGGAUCGAAAUCAUGCAGCUGCAGGCUGCCCAAUCUGCUCCACAGCAGAGCACUUCAGAUGCUAUCUAUGAUUGUGCAUCCCUUUACAACAAGAGCUACAAAAUUUCUGGAGAGUAUAAACUACCAAAAGAUGACUUCCUUGGAACACCUGAACUAAAUGUGUAUUGUGACAUGGAGAACAAUGGUGGUGGCUGGACCGUCAUUCAGAGACGCAAGAUUGGUCUGACAAGCUUCAACCGCGACUGGAAGCAGUACAAGAAUGGUUUUGGUACAAUCCGUGGUGACUUCUGGCUCGGCAACGAACACAUCUUCCGUCUGACCAGACAGCCCACAGUGCUGAGAAUAGAGAUGGAGGACUGGGAGGGUGAGACACGGUACGCCGAAUAUGGCUUCUUUACGGUGAGCAACGAGAUGAAUAGCUACAAGCUUUUCAUUGCCAAGUACAGUGGAAACGCUGGCGACUCUCUGCGUUACCACAACAAUACCAACUUCAGCACUAAAAACAAAGACAAUGACAAGUGUGUGGACAAUUGCGCACAACUUCGCCAAGGUGGAUACUGGUACAACUGCUGCACUGACUCAAAUCUAAAUGGUGUGCUUCACCGCUAUGGGUCACAUACCAAGAAUUCAGAUGGCAUCUCUUGGUACGGAUGGCACGGACCAAACUACUCACUGAAACGCGUGGAGAUGAAGAUCCGACCACAGAGCUUUGUACCAUAAAGACUUGGCAAAACUCAAUUUAUGUUCCUGUUCACCACUAAACCUUGGCAUCAACGGAUCCACAUAAUCUACAGCUUAAACUGGGCAAACUUUUUCAGGGGGAAUGCAUUUGUAUAACAGAAUGAUAGGACUGAAUAUGUGAUGAAAUUAUGUUUGAUUGUAAAUUGCAUUUUAUACAUGGUAUUUAUCUCUUAAAUAUUUUAUUUUCUUUAGCUUUUUCUAGAGGAUUUUAUGCACAUGAUCAUUGAAAGCAACAAGCUGAUGUAAGCCAUUCACACAAAAUGUACAAUUACAAACAAUUUGACAGUUCAGACUAGACAUUAUAGUAAAUUCACUGGUACAGCAAAAUGAACGGUGUACAAAGUAAAAAUAUUGGAUGAUUAAUAAAUUGUAUUUAAAAAAAAAAAAAUCCCUUUUUGCGUUACCUAAAUACUGUGUCUGCUUUAGUACAAAAUGAACAAAAAGGAAUUCACAAUUAGCGGGAGUGACAAACAUGAAUAAACACAAAAUACACACAACAUUCAAGCAGUUGUUGCCUUGAUUGUCGAUCUCAGAAUUCAUAUAAUCUUUGUCAAGAUUGAUUCAUACAACAAUCACGGCCAGGUUAUGCAGACAGCAUGGCCACAGACCCCUAACAGACAACCACAAAAUUAAAAAAGAUAACAUGAAAAAGCAAAUAAAAAGUGACCAGCAA